AUUUUAUUCAGUAACUACUGACCAUACAGGAAAGAGCCAAGCUCCAUCCUGAUCUAUGCAGAGGUGCCUGGAUGUCUUAAAGAGAGACUGAGGCAGUAGGAAGUGAACAAUGACAACGGGUUGAUCCAUAUAAACGCAAUUAGCUGCUGUGUCCCCAGCGGGCAGUCAGUCAUAGCUAGGACUCCAUCUCCCUAGAGACGGACACAGGCACCAUACCUCCGCUGGUUGUAUUUCAAAAGAAUGGCACUCAGGGCUUUCAGAGUGACCCUGCUGAGCUGUAAGAGAUAUACAGCUCCCACGGCAAGCCCUUUUUAUUAAAUGCUCAGGAAAGAAAGCUCAAGAGCCUGUUGGCCGUCUAAGGGUUGGCUCUGGUUGGGGUCGUCCCGAGUGCGCUGGAAGCCGCAGGCCCGCACCGAGGGAGGGAGCCUUGCACCGAGACUUCUGCCGUUCUCGGGGGCAAAACAACUGUUUUGUUCUGUGGUCCCUGCACUCUCCAGAAGUUGAAUUAUUUGGACCUAUUUACACUUUAGGGGCAACGUUCCCGCGAGAGGGAGCCGUUCCCACGCUCUUUGAAGGAUGCAAGAGUGGCCGAAGUUUGAAGACCUACGGCAUAACCAAUUUCCCCAAGAGUCUUCGCCUCUUGGGAGGCUGGUUCGCAGGUUGGCUAGCCUUACUAACCACAAGAGCUGAGCGCCCCAGACGCUUCACUUCCGCUCGGCUGGAGGUCUGCACCACAGAGAGGCAGCCUCCCGGACUUCGCUCCUAGAGCGGCGACGGAAGUUCUCGGGGCGGGGCCUGGGGCGAGUUCCGGCCGCAGUGUGCCGGCGGCCGUGCGGGCUUUGUCGGUAUCUGUGUGGGCUUUGUCGGCGGCCUGUGGGGCCGUCGGCGGCUCCGGCGUCGGGCCAUUGCAGUCCUCUCGCCACUGGGCACGGGGACAUGAGCAACAGGUGGUGACUGAGAGCCAAGGCUGGAAUGUCCCUUUACCGGGUCAUCCUGCUGGCUGUGUGGAAGAGAGAGAAAGGAGACACGAGGCAGGUUCAUGGGCCUGUGUCAAGAAAUGAUGGUGGAAGAUUCUGCUGCAGAACGAGAUGGUGAUGAGAAGGUGACUCCAAAGCUUGAAUUUCUGAGGAUGAAAAUUCCCAUAAGAUGAUGUCAGACAGACUCACAGUAAUGGAGCACCCUACCUCUGAGUCUAGAGAAGUCCAUGAAGCCAGAUUAGGGCAGCUAUUGGGAAACUCAGAAGGGCAGAGCCUAGGAAGUCCCCCCUCUCAGGAGGAUGGGUUCAAACAAGUUACAGUGACCCACUGGAAAAUCCAAACAGGAGAGACAGCCCAGGUGUGUAGUAAGCCAGGGAGAAACCCUAUUCUGAACCCAAAUCUUCUUAUACUUCAAAGGGAGCUUGUAGAAGGGGAGUCUCAUCCCUGUGGUAUUUGUGGUAAAAGUUUCUCAUUUAACUCAGACCUAGUUAAACAUCAAAUUUCUCACACUGGGCAGAAACCUUAUAAAUGUGAACAUUGUGGGAAAGACUUCAGUCAGGCCUCACACCUUGUAGAGCACCAGAGAACCCACACUGAAGACAGAUUGUAUGUGUGCAAUGUGUGUGGGAAAGACUUCAUUCACUACACAAAUCUUGCUGAGCACCAGCAAGUACAUACGGGAGAAAAGCCAUUCCGAUGUGCUCAGUGUGGGAAAGCAUUUUGUCACAGCUCAGACCUCCUUCGGCACCAGAGAGUUCACACUAGAGAAAGACCUUUUGAGUGCAAAGAGUGUGGGAAAGGCUUCAGCCAGAGCUCCUUACUUAUUCGCCAUCAGAGAAUUCACACAGGUGAAAGACCUUAUGAGUGUAAUGAGUGUGGGAAAUCUUUUAUCAGGAGCUCCAGCCUUAUUCGACAUUACCAAAUCCACACUGAAGUAAAGCAGUAUGAGUGCAAAGACUGUGGGAAGGCCUUCCGCCACCGCUCAGACCUCGUCGAGCACCAGAGGAUUCAUACUGGGGAGAGACCCUUUGAGUGUAAUGAGUGUGGGAAGGCCUUCAUUCGAAGUUCAAAACUUAUUCAGCAUCAGAGAAUUCACACUGGAGAGCGGCCUUAUGUCUGCAAUGAGUGUGGGAAGCGCUUCAGCCAGACAUCCAACUUCACUCAGCAUCAGAGAAUCCACACUGGGGAGAAACUCUACGAGUGUGAUGAAUGUGGGAAGGCCUUCUUCCUGAGCUCAUAUCUUAUCCGGCACCAGAAAAUCCACACUGGUGAGCGGGUAUAUGAAUGUAAAGAAUGCGGGAAGGCUUUUCUGCAGAAAGCCCACCUCACAGAGCAUCAGAAGAUCCACACUGGGGACCGACCAUUUGAGUGCAAAGACUGCGGGAAAGCCUUCAUCCAGAGCUCUAAGCUGCUGCUCCACCAGAUUGUGCACACCGGGGAAAAGCCCUAUGUGUGCAGUUUCUGUGGGAAAGGCUUCAUCCAGAGGUCAAACUUCCUCCAACACCAGAAGAUGCACACUGAAGAGAAGCUGUAUGAGUGUAGUCAGCUGGGAGAGGAUUGUACGCCACCCCCUGACUUUAUCCACCAGGAGGGCCUUUCCCUAAGUGAGACUCCUACAUGUUUAGAUGAGAGGUCCACAGGGCAGGAGGGUCACAUGGAUAACUUAUGAUCACUCUAAUUCAAGAGAGUGGUGUUUAAAGGUGGGUGGAAUUAGGGUUGUUGUUGCUUUGGACGUGUCAGUUUCCUUAAUCAUGGAGGGGCUGUAUUUAGAGUGGUCUGGUGCCUACCAGUGGACAGCUGGCUUUGAGCUGGAACAGGUUAGAGGAAGAAAAGUUUUCUGUAUUGUAUUCACAAAUACAACCCACUCUUGAGUUCAGUCCUUUCAGAGCAGAGCUUUGAAUUUAGUCUUUUACUUAAGAGAGGGUUGCCUGUGAGGCUAGAGAAGAUUAUUCUCAUGCAAAACCCAUACUGGGUUCUCUGUUGUCCUGGGGAUGACCCCCAAGCCCCCAUGUUCUGUGUCCUGAGGUUUCUAUCUCCUUAACUGAUCAGUUCCUGGCCACACAGUUGUGUCCCACUUCUCACUCCACACUGCUCUGCUGAAUAACUCAUCUUGCAAGGCUCUGGCAUCUUGUCAAGGAACAUUUCCCUUGCACUUAGCCAGCAAGUUUUCCACACUUUUGAGGCUCAGUGCUUAUCUCUUACUACUGAAUUAUGAAUUAUUUCUUGUUACACUCAGUUCCUUGAUAGUGAUGAUGUCCUGAUUGGUUCAUACAUCCCCAGUGCCUAAUGUGCAUCCAUAAAAAACACCCCCACAUCUGUGUAAUUGGCAGCUCUCUUGCUUUGUCCUUUCUGUAUUGCUAUUUUUUUGAGGAGUAUUUUUGUGUCAGUAUGAUCUAGUUUACUGGACAUAUCUUCUCUCCUAGACCCCUUAAUGCCUUCUGCUCCUGCCUGAGAGUUGCUGAAUUACUUGCUUAUAUUGGCCCCCUCACAUUGCUGCCUGCAGCCUCACCUGGAACUGCCUACUGCCCUUAAUGCCCCCAGGUACUUGAUGGGUACACAACCCCAGUGUACUGCACAACUUCGUUCUAGCUCAUUUUGUCUUUUUGGGGGGGUGGGUAGUUCUUAUGUCUUAAUCACUUUUCUUGUCAGUGAGAUAUCAUAUCUGAUAGCCACAGCUUAAAGGUGGAGAGGUUUAUUUUGGCUCACAUUUUGAGAAGUUUCACUCCAUGUUCCAUAGGCUCCACAGAAGAAAUGGCAUAGUAGAAGGGCUUAGCAGAGGAAAAUUGCGUAUGUCAUAGAGGCAGAAAGCAGAGAGCAAAAGGAGGAGCCAGAGAGGGAGAGAACACCCUUCCAAGUUAUGUCCCCAUUGACCUGCCUUUAACCAGACCCCAACUCAUAACACCACACACUGAAGAGUAUAGCGCCCUCAUGUUCUAAUCACCUUCCAAAAGCCCCACUACUGAGCACAUGAGAGUUUUGGAGGACAUCUUAAAUCUAAACCAUAACACAGCAGCUCCAAGAUUGACUCAACUCCUGACAAUUAGUUGCCCUCUGCUUCACAUUAUCACUCAUUUGAAAAGGUACUGUACUGAGAUCUAUAAGGAAUAGUUCUGGAUAUUGGGAAAGUGAGAGGAAGAGGCCAUCUGCACUACAGUAGUGUGGAAUGCCGUGGGGAAGACAUGAUGUUACAGUGAGUAAAGUGCCAAGAUAGGGAGAAGUGUGCUCUAGGUCUUAUAGGAACAUUAGGAGGUGACUAGCAGCAUGGCAGAUCUGGGAAGACUUCACAGAAGAGGUGACAUUUGAACUGGCUCAGAGGCUAGUGGGUGCUUUCCACUAGCGGAGAAAAGAUGAUCUGGGAGAGGGAGCUCUACAUAUACAGGCAGGCUCAACAGACUGCUGCUUGGUUGGGCAGCAGAGCAGGCAGCUUUGGCACAUGGCAAAGUCCUUUCAGCAGGACUGCUUACCUUGGCCUUUGAUUUUUUCUUCAUCUGAAUGUUAACUGAAACAACCAGCUUUGAGAUGAUUUUAAAAACAAUUUUUUUUUUGGCCUAUAAAGGCAUAUUUUGAAUUCUUAUCAAAUCCCAACAACCCUUGAGGGAACAGAGUUCAAAAGAACAUACAAUAUCCACUUUGUGAAAAACUUACUAGAGAUGUUUCACAUGUAGAGAAAUAGGUGAUAUGAGACCAUUUUAAUCAGUACAACAGAAUGUGUACUUUGAAUGUGCAGAGCUUUGGGAAAUACCUAAAUCUGUGUAUCCACCAUGCAUAAUCAAGAUAAACAAAUUUCCACCUAAAAGUUUUCUUUCCCUUUCCCAUCAGCUCACUGCCCCCCCCCCCACAGUAACCACUUUGUGUCAGUGUAGAUUAGCGUUGCUUGUCUUAGAACCUCACACAUGUGGAUUCGUGUGGACUCGAGUGUCUGAAUUCCGACCCUUCAGUGUGUUUUUAGGUUCAACCACAUUUUGUGUUUUGGUAGUUCUUGUUGCUAAAACCCCAUUGUAUAGAGAAAUUACCAUUUGUUACUCAUUGAUCUGUUUAUGGAAAUAGGCUU